ACACAGGUGAGGUGGAGCUGUCGCUGGAGAGAGCCACCGGCAGGCCGACUCUUCUUCAAAAUUAUACGUAAUAUGUGAAAGAAUCCUGAAGCACUCAAUUAAAGUACUUAGUGUGUGUCUGUGAUCACCUGCCCGACCGGGAAAAGGGACCAGGAAGCCACUGCUUGCCGUUGUUUGUCACUGCGAUGUUGCGGAAACUCGGUUUAGAACGGGCGGCAGUUGACAGCAGCUCCUUCCGCACUUUGCACUGAACCUCCGACUGACUGAGCCGAUUUAAAGGAACCCAACAAGGAAGCACUGUUACAUAGAUUCAACGUGACACAACACCCAAGCUUGUCGCAGGGAUAAACGCCUACCGUUUCCUUUUAAUGAAAACUACCAUAACACAAAAUCAGAGCUGACGGAACUGAUACAGUUCUGUCCUAUUAAGAUUUUCAAUGUUUGAAUGAGUUAAAGUAGAAUUGUUGUUCUAUGCAAUGGACCGGGAAAUUUAGUGUCCUGUGCUUGUUUAUUGGAAAUAUAUAAACCCACGACUUAUCUGCUUCUGUCGAAGCAUAACGAUUCGGACAAUACUGUGAGAUCUAAAUAGUUCUGUAAUAUCUGCUGAAAAUUAGACAUGAAGUUAAUUAAAAUAGAUACAUUCAUCAUUGUUUAUGAGUGCAAUGCUGUGCUUGUAUUGACUGUCACUGUACCUGCACCGCCACGUUACACCUACACGCAGUGUGCUUGACAGCAGAGUGCUUUGUGAUGUCCCGAUACUGUGAAAGAUCAGAUCACCUUCAGGGACUGCUAUUGAUUAGAUGAACAGCAGUAGAAGCCCAUCCCCUACUGGAGUGCCAACAGCUGCGUUACUCACCUUUGUUGCUUCCAAUGCAACACCUGCAAACAAAUCUCGAUCUGUAAGCACAUUGCAGAAGAUAGCUCCCAGCAAUUUCACUGCACACCAACAAAGAAUUUUCUUGGAGACUCCAAGUGCACAAGCAAUUUCUGGGAUUUGUGUUUGGGCAGCAUUACUUGUAACAUUUCAUCAGAUUUACCUGCAUCUCCGACACUACAACAGGCCCAAUGAGCAGCGAUAUAUUCUCCGAAUCCUUUUCAUUGUUCCUAUCUACUCCUUUGACUCCUGGCUUAGUCUGCUGUUAAUCAGCAAUGAUCAGUACUACGUUUACUUUGACUCCAUACGAGAUUGUUAUGAAGCCUUUGUGAUUUACAACUUCCUCAGCCUGUGCUAUGAAUAUCUGGGAGGAGAGAGUGCGAUUAUGUCAGAAAUCAGAGGGAAACCUGUGAAGACUAGUUGCUUGUAUGGAACAUGUUGUCUGGUGGGUAUGACGUACUCCAUUGGAUUUUUGCGAUUUUGUAAACAGGCCACUCUGCAGUUCUGUGUGAUUAAACCACUGAUGGCUGCCAUCACCAUUAUCCUACAAAUCUAUGGCAAAUAUCAUGACGGAGACUUUGAUGUGAGAAGUGGAUACCUAUAUAUCACCAUUAUUUAUAACAUCUCUGUCAGCUUGGCACUUUAUGCACUGUUCCUCUUUUACUUCACUACCAGUGAGCUGCUCAGCCCAUUUGAUCCUGUCUUGAAAUUCCUGACAGUGAAGUCAGUAAUUUUUCUCUCAUUUUGGCAGGGAAUGUUGCUAGCAAUAUUGGAGAGAUGUGGAGUAAUCCCAGAGGUGCAGAUUAUUGAUGAUCACGAAGUCAGGGCGGGAACAGUGGCCGCGGGCUACCAAAAUUUUAUCAUCUGCAUUGAGAUGCUGUUUGCUGCCAUUGCCCUUCGCUUUGCCUAUCCUUCCCAAGUGUACGCCGAACAGGGUGGGACGACACAAGGUAGCACGGCUCCCAUGCAGAGCAUAUCCAGUGGGCUGAAAGAGACCAUGAAUCCCAAUGACAUCGUGCAGGACGCCAUCCACAAUUUCUCCCCAGCAUACCAGCAGUACACACAGCAGUCGACCAAAGAUGAGGUGAUGCCCAGGCACAACGGGCAUGUCCUGACUCAAGCAUCUAGCUAUUUUAUGGACCGACGAAAGAAAGGCGAGAAGACCAUCCUCAUCAACUCAGAGGAUGAACUGUAGACU